AUGUCAAUUUUGAUAUUACCAACUGGUGUUUUAACGUUUCACCGGUUUUGUUUAUCUUCAUCAAAUACAAAUAUUUGGAAGCAGUCAACAGAACGUUUAUCUGAUUUACAACUACCUGAACAUGGAAAAAUUGAAGACAUGGUGAACUGCUUGCAGGUUGAUUUUGCCAAUAAAUAUAUCGGUGGGGGAAUACUGCAAAGUGGUGCCGUUCAAGAAGAAAUACGUUUUGCCACCUGUCCGGAAAUAGAUGUUAUGGAACGACGAGUAUGUGAAGUAGUUGCAAUGGAUGCACUUCCUUUUCAACAAAGCGAUUUACAAUACAAUCUCGUUAAUAUUGAACGGGAACUUAUGAAAUCAUACGUUGCAUUUGUUUCAUCAGGAAAAACGAGCGCACCUCCAAAACGCGUGGCUACUGGACAUUGGGGUUGUGGAGUGUUUAAUGGAAAUAAAGAAUUAAAAGCACUUAUUCAGUUAGCUGCUGCUUCACAUUGCCAACGUCCUGUAGUGUACAUAACGAUGGGAGAUAUAGCUUUUCGUGCGAAAUUUAUGCGUACAUACAAUUUGUUGGUGCAAAAUAGUGUUUGUGUAAAGGAUCUGUACAAUGCAAUGGUUAGUUAUGGUAAACAAAAAGAAAGAAACAAGUUAUCAUUAUUUGACUGGAUUUUAAGUUCAAAUACAUCAAACAGUACUGUUAUUCAUGAACGAAGCAGUACGUUGAAACAUCAACGAGAACUUCGCCCUGCAUUACUAGAUGUUACGAAUCAAGAAGAAAAUACUUAUCAAAACAAAAAUCAGCAGCAACAACAGAAAGAAAAAGAGCAAAAGAGCUAUCAAGAACGUGUUGGCCAUCAUCAAGAUUGCGAAGAAUUUUUUGUAACUAUUACAGAGGAUAUGGAUAAAGCAUUUGAACAGAUUUGGAACAUUAAACCUUUCGAAGCCAUCUUUGGUGGUUCACUUCUUCAGAAAACAUCAUGUUUAACAAAUUCUUCACAUAUGAAAGACAAGACAUGGUAUUUGUUUAAUGACGAAACGGUAAGACCAUAUUCGGACUUCAACAAGGAUGACAUUAUGGCGAAGGAAUGCUUUGGAGGUGGAGAAAGUUUAGCUGGCGCUUAUAUGCUUUACUACAAACGAUACACAUCGACACCUUCACCAGAAGCAGCUACAGGAAACAAUGAAGAAAAUCAUAGUUUUGCAACUGCAAUGAAUCCUCUUCAAACACCAACUGCAAACACAUUACCAUCUCAUAAAGCGCUGAUAGAACUUCAUUUGAAUCCAUUAAUCCAUAAUCGUCAGUUAUCAACACAGCCUAUAUUUUCGAUCGGUCCUAUAUGUCCAGUUAUUUCGAGCAUGACUCCAAGUUUAUUGAAUACAAAUAAGAUUAUCCAAAAUACAAAAACGCAACGUGCUAUACUGCCCAAAAAACCAUUCAUAGCUCCUAUUGUUCCACGUGUAACCGAAAGUUCAAUAAGAUUUGGCGAUUUUUCGGAUGAUACUGUGGAUGAAAUUCUCCCUGUCUCUCUAAGCGAUAAAAGAGAUAUCAGCAUAUAUAAUAAUGAUGAGGUAUCAUGUGAUCAAGAAUUCAGUCUUAUAGAGCUCAAUGAUGACGAACAAUCAUGUGAUAACAAUCAAAGGCAUACAAAACAUGUACGACGAUUGAAUGAAUCAUUUAGUAAGUGA